AUGGCAUGCAAAAUCAAUGUUAAAGGUUUCAACCUCAUAAAAGAAUUUGAAGGAUUUUGGAGCAAUUAUUAUAUUGACCCAGCAGGUUACAAAACAUUUGGCUAUGGUCAUGCUUGCCAUGCUAAUGAUUGCACUAAUAUAAAACCUCCUCUUACUAAGGCUCAGGCCGAGGAUUUACUCAGAAAAGAUUUAAUCAAAUUUGAAAAUACAAUUCUACCUUACUUAAAAAAAUUAAAAACGGCGAUUUUGAGAGUGCUUCUCAAGAAUUUGGCAAGUAGGUCUAUGCUAGUGGAAAAAAUUGAAUGGUUUG